GCACCCUUCACUUAUUACUGACGGAAGAAGUCCUAGAGGACGGUCAUCUUUAGUUUUUUUUUUUUUUUUUUUUACAAAGUUACAACAAUCCAGAUUAUGGUGGUACCGAACUGUCAAGCAGCCUUCGCGAUGCUUCGGCAGAUCGAGCCGAUCAUCGUGCUCGAGCAGCUGGGCAGCACUCUCUUUGAUACCGCGCUGCAGAUGGUGGUCAGGGACCGCUGUGUCAACGCUACCGACCCGGGCCACUCCAGCGAGGACGCCCAGCAGAAAGCCAUGACCGACUUCUACAUGAUCAACAACCUCAUCAUCCAGCUGACUCCCAUCUUACCUGCGCUGUUCCUGGCCAGACUGAGCGACAGGGGCCGGAGGAAAGCCCCCAUCGUGUCGCCCCUCACCGGCUACCUGUUGUCCAGGCUCAUCCUGCUCCUGGUGGUCGUUCUAAAAUUGCCGCUGCAGGUGAUGUUCGCGGCGGGGACUCUCCUCGGGCUCUCCGGCGGGUUCACCGCAUAUUGGCCCGGUGUAAUGACUCUAGCUUCGCUCGGCUCCACGGCGGCCGACCGCUCCAAGGUGUUGAUGAGGGUGGAGUUCAUGUAUGGGUUAGCAGGCGUGGUGGGCAGCCUCGUUUCUGGCCAUCUGUUCCACCUGUACAGCUCCAGUUUGGGACAUGGGACCAUCCUGCUUAUCAUCAGCACACUGCUGCAUCUGCUCUGCCUCUUACACUCCAUAUUCCUGCUGCAGGUGAAAGGCGUAAGCAAUGGAGAGCCGAAGGAGGACCGCCACCUCCUGUUACACGCCUCCACUAACGCUCCAGUUGUUGAGGCUCCUGUUGAGAUAAACAGGGUGAACGUGGCUCUGCUGUUCGUGGCUGCUAUUCUGUAUGACUUUGCAGUGGGCGGAGCCAUUGAAGUACUGGGCGCCUUUGUGCUGAAAGCACCACUCAGCUGGAACGCCACUCUAGUGGGGUACGGGAAUGCAGCAGGCUGUGUGAUCUUCCUCAGCAGUUACUUAGGUGUCAUCGGGUUUCGACGCUGCUGCAGCGACACCUCGCUGAUUCUGAUCGGCAUGGUGUCCUUCGCUGUCGGGAUUUACUUCAUGUCCUUUGUAACGACGACCCUCACUUUCUACCUUGCUCGUGCACUCACCCUGUUUGCUCUCAUCCCGAUGACCACAAUCAGAUCUCUGCUCUCACAGCAGGUCCCAGCUUCUUCAUGUGGCAUGACCCUCACCCUCCUGCAGCUCGCUCUGAAGUUUGCCAGCCUGGCGUACAUCCCCGCUUUCACCAAGAUCUAUCAGGGAACCCUGGACUGGUUCCCAGGCUUUGUGUUCACACUAGCCAGUAUUUUCACAGUACUGGGAAUGAUACCCAUCAGUAUAAUCGGCUGCAGAUCACCUCAGAGGCAGCAGUAUGAGAAGAUUUAGAGCAGCUGAACCAGCAACAUCAUCACCAGCAGCAGCAGCAGCGAGUGAGCACUGGUGCAAGGCAGAAGGGAACUGAGACUUGAAACUACUUCCUGUGCUGUUAAAGCAGAAAAAGCAUUUCCUACCCUACAGGCUUCCUCAGUUAUAAAAGAGGGCAAACAGUAGGUUUUACAUCUAUUUCAGCAUUUUACAGCCCAAAUUUAAAAGGCCUGUGUGGAUGGGCGACACACACUGACUGGAUGCUGUCUUACCAGUUUGACAGCGAGUUACAAACUGUUGAAGUUGAGACAGACACAAGCAGACGUCAUCAAUCAGUCCUCUUUGUGACGACUGCCUCACAAAGACAGAAGCUGCCACGGUGAUUUCCACAUAGUUUAGGAUUUGUCACGGACUGCGUUGGCUGCUUCUGUCAGCAAACUCCUGUUACUCACACUCCGUUUUCAGCCAUGGGUCAUGUUUUAAACAACUUCGUUAGGAGUUUUGUAUCCUGGAGUUUUCUCAGGCUUACAGGAACAGAAAGUUUGACGGAAGUUGGUCUCUGUUAUAAAUUCAUCUGUUUUUAUUUAACUGCCUACUGUUUUUGUAGAUUCAUAAACUAGAAGCUAGAAGUAGAAGUGUGGUUAUAAAAUCAGGGUUUUUUUUGGCUGUUACUGUUUCUGUUUCCAUAUUUAAAGACUUUGCAGUUGUUACUGUACUUGCACAGUAAUGUGCACAAACUUAAUGGGAGUGCUGCUCUGAUGCCUGCUUAGCUGCAUUUUCGGGUUUAGCUCAAUGCUACACGAAGUGAAUCCAGUUUGAGUCACAGACGGUGUAAACGGUGGACAUGGCCACUGUGAUGUCUCAAGGUGAAGCCUCGAGGCUCGAGAAACUGCACAGUCAUUGGCUAACAGCUUCUGACUGAGUCUAAUAAAGAGGAUCGACAUUUUCUCACAUCACCUGUACAAACCCUAACCCUGCGAUGCCACGUGUAUUAUUUCUCAAACAGGAGCCCCCUGCUGGCUAUUAAACGACAAUACAGGUUUCAUCAGACGCAGAAGCCACGCCCA